AUGGCUGCAGGAGGGCCGAAAAUCGUUGGAAAUUAUCCAAUUGAACAGAUAUGGAUGGACGAAUCGAAGGGACUUCGUAAAGCAUUGAUUUCAUUCAAAUUUCAGUCAACAUUCAAGGCAAACGAUUUCUCCAAGUGCUGUGUUGCCAUUACGGAAGUGAAUGGCCUAAAGGAGCAUCAUGCCAGUGAAUAUUUACGUGCAGAACAUCGAAAUCUUGACUAUUGGAUUACACUGUCGAAUGCUGUCACGCCGAUCGAUUGUUAUGUGGAAGUAUUUUUGAAGCGAAUGUUAAUCGGCGAAACGAGUCAAUGUGCAAUCAAAACCAAAUCCGGCGACUAUAUAACAUUUGUGAUACGAUUGAUUCGGAUUGAGUUUGGUGGGUAUUUGUAUGGGAAAACGUUGCCAGACAUUGUGGCACUGGCACAACACUACCGGGAGAAUGGUGUGAAAAUGUUCAAGGAUUAUCCAUUAUUUGCACAUGAUUACUUCAACAAGGCGGCGAAGGUGCUGAUUUCAUGCAAACCAUUCGAAACAUUGGCAGAACGUGAGUCGGGAAUGACUGAAGUGGAUCCAGUGAAAUUGCGCGAAUUGCUUGAGACUAUUUUAUCCAAUAUUAGCCUAUGUUUGAUUAAACAGCAGAGAUACGAUGAAGCGGCACAUGUCAUGGAAUUUGCUGAUCGACCCGAAAACGUUCCGGACAAACAGAUUUACCGUCGUGCCAUCGCUCUCUAUCAUCUUGGCAAACUGGACGAUGCCAGAAAAACUAUUGAACGCAUCAACUAUAAAGAUAAAAAGGAAUGCCUACUUUUGCACAAUAAUAUCGCCGAAAAGCUUAAAGAAUCCGAUCAAAACUAUCGCAAAAUGAUAAAGAAUAUGUUUGCAUAACCGAUUUGUUCAUUUUCCAUUGUUUUAAUAAGUUUAUUAAAUAAAACUCACUUAAUUUUAUUUACAACAAUUAA